AGCUGUUUCGCAUCUAGAAUUAAAGUUGAUCUCAGCUGUCUCGAAUGUUCCCGGCUUAUCCGAUUGUCGACGUAGAUUAACCGGCCCGAGGGGUGUUCACGCUCACUCACACUAGCUCUGGUGUACUUACAGCGUUCGCUGGAAAUGGCAUAUGACUCCGAGCACGUCGUCCUUGGGGUCAAUGUUACCGUGUGUACCCGCCCCAACCGAAGAAGGAUAGGCGCUAAAAGCGCAAUGGGAAAAUUGAGGAAGACGGCAGUGGCAAGACUGCAUUCCAUCUUGCCUGCACAGUCUGGUCCGGAAAAUUGAUGACACCUUGAAAAUGCCACAGAAUGGCCGAUUGCUGUCGGAACGAAUGGUACCUUCUUCUAUCAGUUGCCGUAAGAAUUUGGAUGAUGGGUAGAGCGAAACGUUCCAUUUUUCCCCAGUCAAAGCCGAAAUCGGCACGAACUCGAGCCUAACCCUGGAGCUGUGGUGUGGUCCUUAAGAAAUGAAAAGAUAUGAAGUACUGAAGCAAGCUGAACAACGGACACACUUCACCUUAAGGAGCGGCCAACGAAUGGAGCGAAUCUUGAGCUGAAAAAUGCGCAGCUUUCCAGCUGCUAUUUGAGCGGAUGAGUAAAACAUACGCAAAAAAAAGCUUCCUUACUUCCGAACACAUCGAGUGUGAGAAAAAUGAGUAGAAAACAAAACACAAAAAAAAAGUUCCAACCAAGUUCAUUGCAUAUCGAAGGAAGAAAACUAAGCGAUCGGAAUAUACGAAGCCACGGUACGAGUUCCUCCAAAAACUUUAGAAUACCCGCUGCGGAAAAGAGACCAGUGCAGAGCAAGUUUUCCACACCAAACUCCGUAAGAAAUCGUGAGACGGAAGAUUUGAUGAAAAAUGCAAAAGAAAUGCGCGAUUCGAAGACGUACCUUUCUGGAAAAGGAUUCCUCCUUCGUUGGUUUCCGGCGCGUGCGAGAAGAUUGGAAGACGAAAGCUUCGCGUUGUAGCCUGGUUAGUAGGAAGUGAAUGGAAACCGGAAGAACACGGUGGAAAUGAUCGGUGAGGAAAAACGGGUCCACCAUGAAUCGAAUGAAUUUGAUUGGUUUACGGAUCGCGUAAGACCGGCCAGAACGAAACGCACCAUGAGUGGUAGCUAUCUUCGUCUAAUGCAAUGCGGUCGAACGAAACAGCACCAAAACAAUUGAUGGUUUUUACCAUCCCGGAUUAUGGUUGCCUAAGCGAGAAGGUAUACGACAUUCGACGAAAAACGGAGGAUGGAAUUCCUUGCGCGCCCCGGAAGCAGGGAAAUUUGAGACGUCGUUUUCCAUCGCGUGCAGCAAGUAGGGGAAAAACUGUAUCGGUUUGCUGGUCGGUUUGUUUUUUCCCACUUUUAUUACUGCUCGUGCGCAAUAAAAUACGAUCGAGCGCAGAGGAGAAUCCAACUCCCUGGCGGUACCGCUGAACUGCCGCGUGAUUCUUCUCACAAAACCGACCGGGUGCGUCCUUUGUCGGGGAUAGGGGAAAAUUUUUCAUACGAACCGUGUGCCGUGCCGUGUACGUGGCUUUGAUCAUUUCGGAUGAAAUGUAAACAAACGAUGCGAACGGGAGAGCGAACGAUGAUGACUGCUUGGAUGCUGCAAAUGCUUUCUCUCGGGAAGCGUAAUUUUCCCAUUCUGUUUAUGCCUUCAGAUUUGACAUUUCCAAAAGUAAACACGGAGAGUAUCAUCGGCCGCGUGUCAAACCACGUUGCUGCUGAGAUCGAUGAUAGCUGAUGAUGAUGAUGAUGAUGCUGACGAUGAUGCCGCUGACGAUGGGUGGUGUUUGCCGCUCCGGAUACACAUGUGCGGUGGGUCGUUCAGCGCAGUGCGCUCGGAUGGAUGCGGUACACGGAAUGCGUUUUCAGUGUUGUCUCGGAUGCAGCGUCGUGCGGAAGCCAAAUUUCCCGUCAAAGCUGUCACGGUGUUGUGCGGAUCUGUGAGUUGGAUAAGCGAACCAGUCCGUGUACCAGUGCUAGUGAACCAUACACGUAACGACCGAUAACGAUCAGCCAAUUGGAAACAAAUCAAAUUAUCGAUAAUAUCAGAACGGAAAACAACUCGAAACGUAUUUCGAUUUGCGGAAAGUUCGUCCGGCAAAGAUAGUGUUGUAGAGCAAAUAGAUUUAGUGGCGAACGAAAGUGGAAAACUACAGGCAAAGUGGGAAUGUGUAAUUUUGUGGCUAAAAAUAUACAACAUUAGUGCAUGCAUGAGACACAAAUGUUACUUCAGUGAUCGUGCUGUGAACGAAUGUUAAUAAGAGGACGCAACCUGUUACAAAUGGAAAUGCAGCUUAUUGUCUGAAUUCGAGCAACACGAUUAAAAGUGAGUUCUCGAAACAUUUAAAGCGUUUUAUGCAUAAUUGAUCGUACUUGAGUUGUCUAGCUCUGGCAAUAUUGUAAGGCACAAGUGGAAUUUUUGUGUAAAAAUAUAUUGCUUGAAACACAAUUUAUAGGUCGAAAUAUUUUACUGAAAUUGCACUUUGAUCGCAACACAUUAAAAGAUCGUGAUCGUGUGAAUACUGAUCGUUAGUGGUGUUUUCCAAUUAGUUGUGUAUUUUGACGUGGUGCAUAUUUAACAAACCAGCUAAAGUAGCAGUUUUGGGGAUUGGUUUACACCAACAAGGAUGGCCCCCUUUGACGGUGCGGGGGCCUUCCUGAUGAUGGCCACCCUUUUGCCGGUGAAGUUACUGCUGAUUGGCCUGUUGGCUCACGAUGGACUCGGAAGUCCUGCGCCUUCAUCCAACACAGGCAUGGUAGCGAAUGCCGUGCUGGAAGACCCAGAGUUUACGGAUGUCAUAGAGAAUAUAACUGUGCCAGCAGGACGAAAUGUAAAGUUGGCAUGCUCGGUGAAAAAUCUCGGAUCGUACAAGGUUGCGUGGAUGCACUUCGAGCAAUCGGCCAUACUGACGGUGCAUAAUCACGUCAUCACGCGAAACCCGCGCAUCAGCGUUACCCACGAUAAACACGACAAACACAAAACGUGGUUCCUGCACAUCACCAAUGUGCAGGAGGAGGACAAGGGCCGGUACAUGUGUCAAAUCAAUACGGUGACGGCAAAAACGCAGUUCGGCUAUCUGCAUGUUGUGGUGCCUCCGAAUAUCGAUGACUCCGUAUCGUCGAGCGACGUGAUCGUGCGUGAAGGUGCCAACGUAACGUUGCGCUGUAAAGCAACCGGAAGUCCACCACCAUCGAUAAAGUGGAAGCGAGACGAUAACACAAAAAUUGCCAUCACUCGUAACAACAGUGUAGUCCUCGAAUGGGAAGGAGAUGUACUGACGCUGUCCCGAGUGUCGCGGUACGAUAUGGGCGCAUACCUGUGCAUAGCAACGAACGGUGUACCGCCAAGUGUUUCGAAGCGUAUUAAAGUCAGUGUUGAUUUUCCACCCAUGCUGUGGAUAUCUCAUCAACUGGUCGGCAUUCCGGUCGGCUACAACGUGACACUAGAAUGUAAUAUAGAAGCUCAUCCUACCUCACUCAACUACUGGACGCGAGAAAACGAUCAAAUGAUACACGACUCCAAUAAGUACAAAACAGAAACAAUUCCCGGCAAUCCUUCGUAUAAGUCAGUGAUGCGGUUGCACAUAGGGGAAGUGCAACACAGCGACUACGGGAUUUAUAAAUGCAUCGCUAAAAAUCCUCGCGGAGAAACGGAUGGAAGUAUCCGAUUGUACUCAUCUAGCCCUCCAACAACGAUACCACCCUCGACAACAGAAAGUAUUACGACAACGGUACCAUCAACACGAGUUUAUGAAUCACCCUACGGUUUGUCGACGAUGACGAUAAACCAUUUUGAUAAAGGUAUUCGCUACCAGUCCGACUACAAUCAGAUAGAUCGCUCCGAGCAUAAAUCCAGUGAUACGAGUCCAAAUCGUGACCGAUCUGUGGACGAAUCUGCGGAAGUAAAUGGAGCUACAUCAUCAUUCGUUAGAUGGACAACGCUGUUCACGCUAAUCUUGCACAUGUUACUGCUGCUACACCAGUGACGGUGACUUUCAUCAUUCAGUUCCGUUGAUCGGUCUAACGGCGUGCAGUGAGCGCGCCUUGUUGAGAUGUUGUUUACGUUAUGUCCCCACAGACACGAGGUGAAGCUAGGGAUUUUCUUUUUAUCAUGGUCUCAUGGUUACGUGCAAUACGCCAUUUAGUAGUAAAAGUAGCGCCAAAGAGAAUACUCUAUUCCACAGCAUUUUGUACUAGAUUUAUGCAGUUUAUUUUGUGCCCCAAAAGCGUUUCGUACUCCACGUACUGGUAGUUAAGUUUGAAGUGCAUUGCGGUAGUGCAGCCGGUUGUGUUAUUCCUCCUCAGCGCGAAUCGAUGCAGAAUUAACGAAACGAGUGAGCUGUUGUGGUUUAACUAGAGAUUGUAUGCUAAAAGUAUGCUCCUUUGGCAUGGAAUUGGGUUAGAAUUGUUGUAUCGCAGGAAAAUGAUCGAUGGCAAGAAAGCAAGCAUCUACUUACCACCACACACAAUGCAGGCACAAAUCGUUGGAUAGUAUGUACAUUAAAUAUGCCUUAAUCUAGAAGGGUUAGGAAAUUGUAACAGGUGGUUUAUUAUAAAAAACAUAAAAAAUUAAACAACACUGCGCUGCACCGAACAAUCUGUAUGUAGUGUAAAUUUGAAACAAGCAUUAUUUUCUACGCAAAGAAAUUAAACCACUCAAAAUGGUUUAUUUAGUUUUGGGGACAAAAAAAAGUUGUCCCAUAAAGAUCCAUUUGUUCACCAAUAUGCCAUUAUUUCGUACCGAUUGGUCGUUACGUUACUGCUCUCUUUUAUUAACUCCCCUUGCGAGUUCUGUUUGCCUCUGGGCAAAGAAGCAAAUUUAACAGUCGUCAAAUAAAAUUGUGUUUUUAUCUUGCGAUCUCACAUCGCUCCAUUGCUCGCGCCCUAUUUGGGGUUGCGCACCCGCUCGGGGUUGCUUUUCGCCAUUGCAUAACGAUCGAAUUUAUGCGGCACGAACGACAUACGAACAUACUUUGCGAUUUUGUUUUACGAGCGCAGUUAGAAGCCAAAUCGUCCCCAUACGUUUUUCUUCUCGUGUGACUCAGUAGAACCAAAAAGAAGGUGGGCAAAAAAAAAGGAUUGAGUUGUUGUGUAUGUAUCCAUUUGGUUGGCUUUGAAAAAAUGCUUUGGUUUGUAGCAUAUUACGCGAUUUAGUUGAUGUGGAUGUUGAGAAAGAGAGAUAGAAAAAAAACAACUUAACAUUAACAAAAACCACUGAUAAAAUGCAGGUAACGAAAGCAGUUUGCUAGUAGAUGUCGAUGAAAAUCAAACACAUCAAUUACGAUUCGUGGUUUCGGGGGAUGGUAGUCGUAAAUCAAUCAAACUAAUCAUAAGCUACUCGUUACAAUACUUCUGAGCAGAAACACUAUUGGAUGCAGCAGCAUGUAGCAAACAAGCCGAAGCUACAUGCAAUCGCCAAUUUAGCAUGCCGAUGGAUUAAUGUUGAAACGAAUCAAACUGUAUCGUUGUAUAAUAUUCGAAAACAAAGUUGUAAUAGAUAAACAAACGGGCACUUUUGAGGGCUGCAGAGAUGAACAUCAAAAGUCAGUUUUACACGAACUGCUACAUGAGCUAAACCUAAAAAAACUGUUAAACCUAAAUGCAAAGUAGGUAAAUGGGCAUUUGUAUCCUAGCAUGAGCUUGGAAGAAUAAAUCCAAAUACAAUAGUGAAAAGAAUUUAAAAGAAACCCAAUGCAAAAUCAAACAAUAAAUCAAACUUUUUUGCAAAACCCCAAAUCAUUACCACAGCGAGCUAACUAACCAACGAAGUUUAAAAAAAAAACAACACACGCAAAUAAAAACACAGAAACAAAACACGAGUUUCCAUUGGUGUAUGGUUACCGAACUAUGCUGUAAGCUAAACAUUAGUUUCUUAUUAGAACAUUUCAAUGCACCCCCUAUCCUAGCCCCAUAGGUGGACAGCGAACGCAUAUACUAAAGCAAAAAUGAAUACAAAUUACUCGUAAUACUCCGUAGACGCAUGGUGUGUGUGCAUGCGAUAAGUUAAGCAAACAAACAAAGUAAACGAAAAAUCACAUACACACUGGAAAAUUCAACCGUGGCAGCACUAGCAUUAAAUAGUACAUUGCGAAAUAUUGUUUCAUAGCUAGAAGAAAAUUGAGUGACGAUAAACCAGUGAACGACAAAUGUUAUCAGAAUGUAAAAUUCAAACACUCAAUGAACGUGCUGUCGGGACGGGGAGGCAAACAAGCAGGACAAGGGACAAACCAAAACUGGACAGUGAAACAUAAACAGAACUGAAAUAUAUAUAUUUUGCUUUACAAAAGCGGCAAAAAACGGUGAUGUAUGAUUAAUUUAAUGAAUUUUAUAUGUGUAACAGCGUAAUAAACGUAAGGGAUCAUUCAAACAUUACGUAAUAUUUGAAGG